AUGGGCAGUGUACACACAUCUCCACGACUACCGGACUAUCUAGAAUACGAUAGCGAUGAGCCGCCUUUGUUUGAGACGACCAUUGAUCCGCGACUGGCGCCCGGCUUUCGCUCUCUGAGCCUGGACUCUGUCGACUACGACCACAAUGCAAUCUAUGGCGAAGCUCGGGACUUCGCCCCAUCACCUGAGCCGGGACGAGAUCGCUGGAGAAGACGCGAUGACGGCCGCCCUUUUGCAGGAACGCCCGAUCUGGGCAAGGAGCGAAGAAGGCGUCGGCAACGUGAAAGCGACGAUCGCUUUGAAAAGGCAGCUCCAUUCGAGUACAAGACAGUAGCAGACUGUGAUGUUUUCCGUCUGGCCACACUGGAGCCUGGAACUGGCCUUCAGCCCGUGUGCUGCAGUCUGAGCUGGGAGAGCUCGCGGGCGCCCACAAGAUCGUAUUGCUGCUUGAGUUAUGCUUGGGAGGCUGUUGCCCGAGAUACUGGAGAAUCUGCCCAUCGUGAUGCCGACAUAUUGCUGGAUGGCUACAAAUUCCCGGUGACCAAGAACCUUUUGAGCGCACUGCAGAGCUUGCGUGAUCCUAAGACUGAUAUUCUGAUCUGGAUCGAUCAGAUCUGCAUUAAUCAAAGCAACCACGAAGAACGAGCCCAGCAGGUCGAUAUCAUGAAGCAUAUCUACAAUCAAGCUCGCGAGAUCUUUAUCUGGCUGGGCGACGCCGCCAAUCGCAGCGAUGAGCUCAUGCAAUACGCAAAGAAGCUGCGUGCCAAGAGUGUCGCCAAUCGUAUCAUGAGCCCACCUGAGCUGAAAAAAGCCAUACAGGGGCUCUUGGAUCGGCCGUGGUUCCAGAGGGUGUGGGUUAUUCCGGAAGUUGCGCUGUCCAAGCAUACAGAAGUCGUGUGCGGCAACCAGCAUAUCAGCUGGGAGGCGCUCGUGAAAGUCAUCAGGGAUGUAAAGCUACCUCAAGCGCCAGGCUUCGACCGACAGGUCUCACUUCUUGGCAACCCACGGCAAAGGAUCGCCAUUAUCACUCAGAUGAUUGCGAGCCAGAAGGAGAAUCGUGCCCACACGGACGUCACACAGCUUCUGAUACUGGGCAAGAGCAGCAAAGCCACUGAUGCUCGCGAUAUGGUCUAUGCGUUCUAUGGCCUUACCCAUGUUCGCACGUUUCCAGACUACAAUCGUGAUGUGGACAGACUCUUCGUGGACAUCAUUCACAUGUACACCGGGAGCAUCCUCGAUGAGUCGUCUUACGCGUCUUGGCACGAUCUGACCGAAGACCGAAAGACUUUCCAGCUCAUGAGCAUACUUUACAGCGCAGGGGCACUACAUCAAAGAAUCGAGUUGCCAUCUUGGGUGCCAGACUGGACAUUCCCGUGGGAGCUCGCGCCAAUAUGGUGCAAGACGAUUCCGAACUUCGUGACUGGCUCUGCCAGGGAUGAGUGGUCGGCAGGCAUCCGCACUGACUUUCGCGCGGGCGGCGAACGAGUUGAAGAUUUCGAAGUGAUCGAAGGUAGUCGUGGCAUGCACCAGCUCCGUCUUUCAGCUUUGAAUCUCGAUACGAUACUGCUAGUGAACGAGGUAACGCCCGCUUCCACGCCCGGAUCAAGUCAGGUCUUGUCAACAUCGCCACCAGAGCAUCGCGAAGUGCUGGAUCCGCCGACACUCCGGUGGGGACGCCACUUCUUCACCACCGAGCAAGGGUACGUUGGGCUCGCAACACCUGGGAUCGCAGCUGGUGAUGAUGUGGCCAUUCUACUUGGCGGCGACGUGCCAGUCGUUCUCCGUCGCUGUCCCGAAUUUAAUGGGAAGAGGAAGGCUUACAGACUGUUGUGCGAGUGCUACUGCCAGUCAGCUGGAGUGAUGCACGGCGAUUACUUCCAUGCCAAUUGGACCCUUGCCGAGGAUGUGGUUCUUAUAUGA